AUGCUGCUCUCAACUGUGGCUUCCAGUGUUGUUGGGUGUUUCAUUACACGUUCAUCAAGAGUCAGAGGCAUCCCUGAUCCUUCCUUCUUCGCCACCUCCACCAAGAUGGCUUUGGAGCAAUUUACGUUCGGCCCUUACAAGAUUGACAGCAGGGAAGUGUUUUACUCUACUCAUCUAUCCUAUGCCCUGGUCAACUUGCGUCCUGUUGUUCCUGCGCAAAAGGUUGGUAGUCGGCUUGAGACCUACCACAAAGCAUCGUCUCUCACACUUACAAUUCAAGAUGGACCCCAAGCUGGACAGACUGUGCCCCAUGUUCAUAUCCAUAUCAUCCCACGGAAAGGUGGCGACUUUGAGGAGAAUGAUGAAAUUUACGAUGCACUAGAUGAAAAGGAGAAAGAAUUAAAGCAAAAGCUUGAUUUAGACAAGGACAGGAAGGACAGAAGCCUUGACGAAAUGGUACAAGAAGCAGAAGAAUACAGAAAGUUGUUCUUGUAG